AUGGAUGAAGACGAAGAUGGGGCUCGUGGCUCCAUAGAUGAUGAGGGAUCUGGUACAGGUUAUGAGUCGGCUAGUGACGCCUCUACGACAUAUCGCAGGAAAAUGGAGUCAUCUUCGGACGAUGAAGGAAAACUUCAGAAAAAGAAGAUGAAAAAGGACAAACACACUCCCAAGAGCAAAUACGAAUUUGAACAUGACUGGACCGAAAAAACUGAUGACAACAAUGAUUCGGACAUGAAUGGACAUGAAAAACAGAAUAAGAAAAACGAAAAAGACUCAAACAAAUCCGACAAUACAAAGACCAAGGGAUCGAAAAAGAAGAAAGAUGCCAAUGGUUUUCUGGAUGAUGGAUGGAUUCAAAACAAAAUCUACAAAACGUUCAUUAUGGAACCGACCGACGAAAAAUACAAACUACACAUCAUGGAAAUAGCGAAACUACUCCAAAACAUCAAAAUCACACAAUACAAGGAACUCAAACCCGCUGGACACAACCGUUACAAAAUUACUUUUGACAACCCACGACACGCAGAAAACCUAAUCAACUCCAAAAUACUGACAGAAACGUACAAGUACAAGAUCUACGUCCCCAAAAUGUACCAGGAAACCAUUGGUGUCAUCCGUGACGUACCACCAUCGUUUUCUGACCAAGAAAUACUAGAAAAACUUGAAUGCAAACGAAUCAAAAUAACCAAGGUCGAAAGAAUCCAAAAGUUCGUUCAAAACAAGCUUAAGCCCACGUACUCGGUAAAGAUCUACGCGGAAGGGGAAAAACUACCACAAGAAGUUGUAUUGUACACAGUACCACGAAAGGUUGAGGUUUACUGUUUCCCGAUUAAGUUUUGCCGGAAAUGCUUGCGUUAUGGUCAUAACUUGAAGAAUGGACCGUACUAG